GACAAGGUGGCGGCGCGCUCGGACGACCCGAACUGUAGGCGCAGCCAUACUUCCCGGAACGUAUGGUCUCCGCUGUCUUACGGACUCGAUGGUCAAGAUGGCGGCGACAGGGAGACAUUCGAGGCUCUAGAUGGGCGACCUAUUUGUUUGCUGCUAAGCGGUCGCGCCAGGCGUGGGGAGUGAGAGUGCGGGACCGCGGAGGCGGGACCAGUGGCGGAAGUAGUUGCGGGUGCCUUUGCUACCGCGGUCGAGGGGCUUGUUCAGCUUCGCGGGUUGCUGCGCGGGGUCCAGAGAGGGUGCUCUGUGAGCGGAGAUAUGGAAGGAGAUGGCUCAGACCUGGAACCUCCAGAUGCUGGGGAGGACAGCAAGUCUGAGAAUGGGGAGAACGCCCCCAUCUACUGCAUCUGUCGCAAACCGGACAUCAAUUGCUUCAUGAUUGGAUGUGACAACUGCAACGAGUGGUUUCAUGGGGACUGCAUCCGCAUCACCGAGAAGAUGGCCAAGGCCAUCCGGGAAUGGUACUGUCGCGAGUGCCGAGAGAAGGACCCGAAGCUGGAGAUUCGUUACCGCCACAAAAAGUGCCGGGAGAGGGAUGGCAGUGAGCGGGACAGCAGUGAGCCCCGGGAUGAGGGAGGAGGGCGCAAGAGGCCUGCUUCAGAUCCAGAACUGCAGCGCCGGGCAGGGUCAGGGACAGGGGUUGGGGCCAUGCUUGCUCGGGGCUCUGCUUCGCCCCACAAAUCUUCUCCACAGCCCUUGGUGGCCACACCUAGCCAGCAUCACCAGCAACAGCAGCAGCAGCAGCAGCAGCAGCAAAUCAAACGGUCAGCUCGGAUGUGUGGUGAGUGUGAGGCAUGCCGACGCACUGAGGACUGUGGCCACUGUGACUUCUGCCGUGACAUGAAGAAGUUUGGGGGCCCCAACAAGAUCCGGCAGAAGUGCCGGCUUCGCCAGUGUCAGCUGCGGGCACGGGAAUCGUACAAGUACUUCCCUUCCUCGCUCUCGCCGGUGACACCCUCAGAGGCCCUGCCAAGGCCCCGCCGGCCACCACCCACUCAACAGCAGCCACAGCAAUCCCAGAAGCUGGGGCGUAUCCGUGAAGAUGAGGGGACAGUGUUGUCAUCAGUGGUUAAGGAGCCACCAGAGGCUACAGCAACACCUGAGCCACUCUCAGAUGAGGACCUAGCACUGGACCCUGAUCUGUACCAGGAUUUCUGUGCUGGGGCCUUUGAUGAUCACGGCCUACCAUGGAUGAGUGACGCAGAAGAGUCCCCGUUCCUGGAUCCUGCACUGAGGAAGCGGGCAGUAAAAGUGAAGCAUGUGAAACGUCGAGAGAAGAAGUCUGAGAAGAAGGUGAUGGAGAGGAAGGAGGAGAGAUACAAACGGCACCGACAGAAGCAGAAACAUAAAGACAAGUGGAAACACCCAGAGAGGGCCGAUGCCAAGGACCCUGCGUCUCUACCGCAGUGCCUGGGACCUGGCUGUGUGCGCGCCGCCCAGCCUGGGUCCAAGUAUUGUUCAGAUGACUGUGGCAUGAAGCUGGCAGCCAACCGAAUCUAUGAGAUCCUCCCCCAGCGAAUCCAGCAAUGGCAGCAAAGCCCCUGCAUCGCCGAAGAGCACGGCAAGAAGCUCCUUGAACGGAUCCGCCGUGAGCAGCAGAGCGCCCGCACCCGCCUCCAGGAAAUGGAGCGCAGAUUCCACGAGCUUGAGGCCAUCAUCCUUCGUGCUAAGCAGCAAGCUGUGCGAGAGGACGAGGAGAACAAUGAGAAUGACAGCGAUGACACCGAUCUGCAGAUCUUCUGUGUCUCCUGUGGGCAUCCCAUCAACCCCCGAGUUGCCUUGCGUCACAUGGAGCGCUGCUAUGCUAAGUAUGAGAGCCAGACAUCCUUUGGGUCCAUGUACCCCACACGCAUUGAGGGGGCUACCCGACUCUUCUGUGAUGUCUACAAUCCUCAGAGCAAAACAUACUGUAAGAGGCUCCAGGUGCUAUGUCCUGAGCACUCACGGGACCCCAAAGUGCCAGCUGAUGAGGUCUGUGGGUGUCCACUUGUACGCGAUGUCUUUGAGCUUACAGGUGACUUCUGCCGCCUGCCCAAGCGCCAGUGUAAUCGCCAUUACUGCUGGGAGAAGCUUCGGCGUGCAGAAGUGGACUUGGAGCGCGUGCGGGUGUGGUACAAGCUGGACGAGCUGUUUGAGCAGGAACGUAAUGUUCGCACAGCCAUGACCAACAGAGCAGGAUUGCUUGCCCUGAUGCUGCACCAAACCAUCCAACACGAUCCACUUACUACCGACCUUCGCUCUAGUGCUGACCGCUGAAAGUCACCAGCCCAGAGCCUCUCAGCCCUGCAUUCAGUCAGGGAGGGGCUCUGCAUUUCAGCUCGCUCUUCCUCCGUUCAUCUGUUUAUUCUACCACCCUUAGUUUUCUUCUUACCAUCCACGUUUUGGCUUCUGUUUGCCCUUAUCAGUAGGGUCUCUGCUUUCCCUUUGUCUGUCUCCUCUCCAUAGUCAGUGCUGGGUGAAAGUCAAGUUUACUCAGCCUUGCCUAUACCCUCCCCCAAAAUAAACAGGUUUUGUUAAUAAAAUUUUGAACAAGAAUA